AUGUCUCUACACUGUACUCGAGCUACUUAUGGUUAUUUUAUUCAUAAAGUUGAAAAACGACGUAUCGAUUUAACAAGACAUUUACUGUAUGCAUGCUCAAAAUUUAUUGUCGCAGCUAUAGCUCAUAUUCAUUUGUAUACACUAUACAAAUGGUAUCGUGAUUAUGGAUACGGAACAGUGCAACUGAAAUUACCAGCAGUUGAGCAGAGAGAUGAUGACGAUUAUGCGAAAGAAAAUGAUGUGUAA